UGGGCUCCCCUAAUGUAAAAGGCGCCAUCAUUGACGUAAUUUUGUUCCACUUCUGCAAAUCGUGACGUGAAAUGUUGAAAACAGCGUCUAUACCGAUAACCAAAAUCAACCCACUUCAGUGAUAAUAGUUUUUAGUUAAAGGUGAAGUUGAAUUCUUAAAAUAAAACCUAUAAAUCCCGGGCAUGGUUUAUCUUUCACUGUUCUUCAUGCUGCAGCUGUUGUCCACCAUUUAUGGAGGAACACCACCGGCGUUUGCAGCUCUAAAACAACCGACCCAGGCGAUAAGGUCGCGGAGAGAAACACCGCCUCUGCAGCAGCCGUACCUCCACCUCCCAGUGUUUGUGGACUCCAGGCUCCCGCUGGUGGAAAAGGAGCAGUUUACUCCAUCCAGAGGCACCGGACAGGAGCCUCUACCCGUGCCCGUCCGGGGCAUCCUACUCCCGGUUCUGACCAACACCAGUGCGCCCAGAGUUCCGGGUGAUUCUGUGAGGACUUCCUGCAAGCGAAACCAGAUGAUGGUGCAGGUGCAGAGGAGCGUUUUAGGAACCGGGGAACCGGACUCUCGUCUCAAACUGGGGACGUGCCAAAUCAGCAAAACUACGAAGAAUUACUUUUAUUUUAAGUAUGAUCUAGGCAUGUGUGGAACCAAACGCACGAUAAUUAAUAAUCAGAUGACUUAUUCAAACAAACUAAGAUAUGACCCACCAAAACUUCAAGGACCAAUCAGGAGAGCUGUUUCCUUCACCCUGCCUGUUGCAUGCUUUUAUAACAGGUACCAAUACUCCUACAAAAUUGGCUACAGGCCCAAGAUGCGGCCCCGCAAAAUCUUCAAACCAAUGAAGAAUGGAGUAAAAUUCCUUCUGACGCCACGAAAUGCUCAGUGGGAAAAGCUUUCUCCGUCAGAUCAGUACGUGCUUGGGAAACCCAUGUAUUUUGAGGCAGAAGCUCCGUCCAUGUCGGAAGACCAAAGACUGUACGUCCACUUAUGUUACGCGACUCCAGAGAGGCCCUACAACUCCACGCGUCAGUUUCAAGUCGUGACCAACUAUGGAUGUAUGGUUGAAAGCAAGGACAGUCGCUCCAGAUUCAUCCUAUACAAAAGAAAUGCUGUGAGAUUCUUUGUGGAUGCCUUCUUUUUCGCAGGAAUGACAGGCCAGGAGCUCUACAUGCACUGCUCCAUGUCUGUCAGCAGUUCUGUCCCCUCCCCCAGAGCUAAGUCCUGCAACUACGACACAAAAGAAAGGAGAUGGGUUGAGCUGUAUGGACCUGACUCUGUGUGCAGCUGCUGCGACUCCAACUGUAGCGCUGCAGCGUCCACAGUGACCAAAAUAAUCAGCAGCAGGCCAUUGACAAUAGACCCUAAAGGGAAACCCACCACAGCCCUGAAGAGGAAGAAGGUCUCCGCAACAACAACAACAACAACAACAACAAAAGCGGCACCACAGCCAGAGACAAAGAGCGAGGUCACUGAAUGGAGGACAUCAUCGCAGCCUGAAGAGUAUGAAAUGGGUAAGGUGGUGAACACUGGGAAAGAGUGGCCAUUUGGAGUCAGAGGAGUGACGUGGGUUGAGAUGGAAGGUGAGGAGAAGUUGGUCAAGGGCUUUGCGGCUGUGGAGGAGGAGGAGGAGGAGGAAGAGACAAGGAAGACUGCAGAAACUCGCACAAUUUUUGAGGACAUUUUUGAUUUAGUCAAAUAAAGCUGAAGUGUAAACAGUGAAAAA